AUGCGGCAACUCUACGCCCUGAGGCCCAGGUUGGCCCUCCCUUGCAGCCGCUCUCUACACUUGCCAUUGACUGCGUUUGCCUUCGUUUCCCAUCCCUCUUAUGUACGCCUGUUGUCUACGGAACAGACUUCCAGCCAGCUAGGCUCCAAUUCCGGUCCUCCGCCCGGAUUCAACCUCGACGCUCAUCGAAACACACCAUUGCCUUCAUCGUCCUCGUCCUCGUCCCAGGGCCUGGGGAAACCUAGCGGAUCGACUACGCUGCGUACUGAGUCAGACUGGGAGGAUAAUCCGAAUUUCUUGAUCAAGAACUUUUCCGAACUCCCCUCAAAGAAUUUUGGUUUCAAUCAGCAUAUGAUUAUCAACGAAGAAUUCAAGGAGGCUCUUCGGCAAAUUCUUUGGCAGUUCAAAGCACCAAUUCGAUAUGCGUUUGCUUACGGGUCUGGUGUUUUCCCCCAGAGCGGGUCAUCUGGGGGAAGCUGCCAUCCGUCGCCUCCGCAGGCGAUCCAAGCAGUGCAACAAGGUGGCGGAAAGAUGAUCGACUUUAUCUUUGGUGUUUCGCACAGUCAACACUGGCACUCUCUUAACCUUAACCAGCACCGCAGCCACUAUUCCGGCCUUGGGUCCAUGGGAUCAUAUGUUGUCUCCCAAGUACAAGAGAGAAUGGGGGCUGGGGUCUACUUUAACCCAUACAUAACGGUGAACGGAACCUUGAUUAAAUAUGGAGUUGUCAAUAUUGACACCCUCUGCAAAGACUUGAGUCAAUGGGAUUCACUUUACCUUGCGGGGCGACUCCACAAGCCAGUUAAGAUCUUGCGCGACCACCCCAGUGUCAGGCUAGCCAACCAAGUUAACCUCCUAUCAGCUGUGCGUGUUGCUCUACUCCUGCUACCACCUAAAUUUACAGAACAGGAGCUCUACCGAAAGAUUGCAGGCAUCAGCUACCAAGGCGAUCCUCGCAUGUCCUUUGGCUCAGAGGACCCCAAGAAGAUCCACAACAUAGUCUCUGCACAGAUCACAAAUUUCCGCCGACUAUACGCACCGCUAAUCGAUACUUUACCAAAUGUUACUUUUAAUGACUACCAAUGCAAUGAUCCUGACUGGCUUGACAACCCCAACAUAAACGUUGCUCUAGAACAAGACAUGGAUCCUAUCAAACGAGGCAACAUGGUCCGGCGGUUGCCCAAAUCGUUCCGAGAGAAACUCUACUUCCAAUAUCAGAGCCGGUUCAAGAUUCCUCGUGGAGAAUUUGAUCUCAUGAUGGAGAAGACUGCUGACGAAGAUCCGGAACGAUUCCACCGUCGGGAGGGCAGUGGCUUUGAUCGAAGGAUUGCCGCGGAAGCCAACCUGAAGGACGAGGUGAUGUUAUCUAUAAAAAACACAAUAACCUGGCCUAGCACCAGCCAGUCCUUGAAGGGCGUUCUUACAGCCGGCAUCUCCAAGUCGAUGCGCUACCUUCAGGAGAAACGCCAGAAAUAUACAGCCUCAAAAAAGGAAAGCUCCGAGUCGCCGGAGAGCAAACCGAAGAGUGACUGA